UUAAAGAAAAAUAUGAAUAUUACAAACAUUUAAAUGAAUUAUUGUCGAGAAUGAAUACAAGCAACAUACAAAAGAAUAUGCUUGUUAAAAAUUCACCAAUUUAUAAUGAAGUUGAGAAAAUGAAAAAUUUAGUGGUAAAGAUGACCAAUACUUUAGAAAAGAAAUCAGAAUUUGAAUAA